GUGCCCGAGCGUCCCCGGAGCGGACGGCCGCCCCCGCCGAGAUGCGGGGCCCGCGGCUGCUGACCGCCGCGCAGCUCGUCUGCGUGUGGACCGCCGCGCUGGCCGCCGGCCCCGGGCCCAGGUUUCUGGUGACAGCCCCAGGGAUCAUCAGGCCUGGAGGAAAUGUGACUAUUGGGGUGGAGCUUCUGGGACACAGCCCCUCACAGGUCACUGUGAAAGCCCAGCUGGUCAAGAUGGCAGCAAACCUCACUGUCUCUGUCCUGGAAGCAGAAGGAGUCUUUGAAAAAGGCUCUUUCAAGACACUUACUCUUCCAUCACUACCUCUGAACAGUGCAGAUGAGAUUUAUGAGCUACGUGUAACUGGACGUGCCCAGGAUGAGAUUUUAUUCUCGAAUAGCACACGCUUAUCAUUUGAGACUAAGAGAAUGACUGUCUUCAUUCAAACGGACAAGUCCCUAUACAAGCCAAAGCAAGACGUGAAGUUUCGUGUAGUUACACUCUUCUCAGAUUUUAAACCGUACAAAACCUCUUCAAACAUUCGAAUUAAGGACCCCAAGUCAAAUCUGAUCCAGCAAUGGUUGUCAGAACGAAGUGAUCUGGGAGUUGUUUCCAAAACUUUUCAAUUAUCUUCCCAUCCAAUACUUGGUGACUGGUCCAUUCAAGUUCAAGUGGAUGACCAGACAUAUUAUCAAUCAUUUCAGGUUUCAGAAUAUGUAUUACCAAAAUUUGAAGUUGCUUUGCAGACACCAUUAUAUUGUUCUUUAAAUUCUAAGAGUUUGAAUGGUACUGUCACAGCAAAGUAUACAUAUGGUAAGCCAGUGAAAGGAGAUGUAACACUUACAUUUUUACCUUUAUCCUUUUGGGGCAUGAAGAAAAAUAUUACAAAAAAAUUUAAGAUAAAUGGAUCUGCAAACUUCACUUUUAAUGAUGAAGAGAUGAAAAAGGUAAUGGAUUUUUCGGAUGGGCUUUCUGAACACAUGUAUCUGUCUUCUCCUGGGCCGGUAGAAAUUUUAGCCACAGUGACAGAAUCACUUACAGGUAUCUCAGGAAAUGCAAGCUCCAAUGUAUUUUUCAAGCAACAUGAUCACAUCAUUGAAUUUUUUGAUUAUGCUACUAUCUUGAAGCCAUCUCUCAACUUCACAGCCACUGUGAAGGUAACCCGUUCCGAUGGCAAUCAGCUGACUCCUGAAGAGAGAAGAACUACUGUGGUCAUAACAGUGACACAGAGAAAUGAUACCGAUUACUGGAGCAGGUGGGACAGUGGAAAUCAGGGAGCAGAAGCUGUCCAGAUUCUAAAUUAUACUGUCCCCCAAAAUGGAAUCUUUAAGAUUGAAUUCCCAAUCCUGGAUGAUUCCAGCGAGCUACAAUUGAAGGCCUCUUUUCUGAACAGCGUGAGCUCCAUGGCAGUUCAUGGUAUGUUUAAAUCUCCUAGUAAAACAUAUAUCCAGCUAAAAACAAGAGACGAAAAUAUAAAGGUGGGGUCACCUUUUGAGUUGGUGGUUAGUGGCAACAAGCAGCUGAAGGAGUUAAGCUAUAUGGUGGUAUCCAGGGGACAGUUGGUGGCUGUAGGCAAGCAAAAUUCAACAGCUUUCUCUUUAACACCAGAAAAUUCAUGGGCUCCAAAAGCCUGUAUAAUUGUGUAUUAUAUUGAAGAUGAUGGGGAAAUUAUAAAUGAUGUUGUAAAAAUUCCUGUUCAGCUUGUUUUUGAAAAUAAGAUAAAUCUAUUUUGGAGUAAAGCGAACGCUAAACCAUCUGAGAAAGUCUCUCUUAGCGUCUCUGUGACACAGCCAGACUCGAUAGUUGGGAUUGUAGCUGUUGACCAAAGUGUGAAUCUGAUGAAUGCUUCAAAUGAUAUUACAAUGGAAAAUGUGGUCCAUGAGUUGGAACUUUAUAACACAGGAUAUUAUUUAGGCAUGUUCAUGAAUUCUUUUGCAGUCUUUCAGGAAGGUGGCCUCUGGGUAUUGACAGAUGCAAACCUUGUGAAGGAUUACAUUGAUGGUGUUUAUGACAAUGUAGAGGUUGCUGAGAGGUUUGUGGAGGAAAAUGAAGCAUACUUGGUAGAUUUUCAUGAGUUUUCUUCGGUUGGCAGUCCACGUGUCAGAAGGCAUUUUCCAGAGACUUGGAUUUGGCUAGACACCAACAUGGGUUCCAGGAUUUACCAAGAAUUUGAAGUUACUGUGCCUGAUUCUAUCACUUCUUGGGUAGCUACAGCUUUUGUGAUCUCUGAGGACUUGGGUCUUGGACUAACAGCUGCUCCAGUGGAGCUACAAGCCUUCCAACCAUUUUUCAUUUUUUUGAAUCUUCCCUACUCUGUUAUCAGAGGUGAAGAAUUUGCUUUGGAAGUAACCAUAUUCAAUUAUUUGAAAGAUGCCACUGAGGUUAAGGUAAUCAUUGAAAAAAGUGACAAAUUUAAUAUUCUAAUGGCUUCAAAUGAAAUAAAUGCCACAGGACACGAGCAGACCAUUCUGGUUCCCAGUGAGGAUGGGGCAAGUGUUGUUUUCCCAGUCAAGCCCACACAUCUGGGGGAAAUUCCUGUUACAGUCACAGCUACUUCACCUGCUGCUUCCGAUGCCGUCACCCAGAGGAUUUUAGUAAAGGCUGAAGGAAUAGAGAAAUCCUAUUCACAAUCCAUCCUAUUAGACUUGACUGACAACAAGCUACAAACUACUCUGAGAACUUUGAGUUUCUCGUUUCCUCCUAAUACAGUGAGUGGCAGUGAAAGAGUCCAGGUCACUGCAAUUGGAGAUAUUCUUGGUUCUUCCAUCAAUGGCUUAGCCUCAUUGAUUCGGAUGCCUUAUGGCUGUGGUGAACAGAACAUGAUCAAUUUUGCUCCAAACGUUUAUGUUUUGGAUUACCUGACUAAAAAGAAACAACUGACAGAGAAUUUAAAAGAAAAAGCCCUUUCAUUUAUGAGGCAAGGUUACCAGAGAGAACUUUUCUAUCAGAGGGAAGAUGGCUCCUUCAGCGCUUUUGGGAGUGCUGACUGCUCUGGGAGCACCUGGUUGUCAGCUUUUGUUUUAAGAUGUUUUCUUGAAGCUGACCCUUACAUAGAUAUUGAUCAGAAUGUGUUGCACAGAACAUAUACUUGGCUCAAAGGACAUCAGAAAUCCAAUGGUGAAUUUUGGGAGCCAGGAAGAGUGAUCCAUAGAGAGCUUCAAGGCGGCAGUAGAAGUGCAGUGACACUUACAGCUUAUGUUGUGACCUCUCUCCUGGGAUAUAAAAAGUAUCAGCCUAAUAUUGAUGUGCAAGAGUCUGUCAACUUUCUGGAGUCUGAAUUCAACAGAGGAAUUUCAGACAAUUACACUCUAGCCCUUAUUACUUAUGCACUGUCGUUCGUGGGGAGCCCCAAAGCCAAGGAAGCUUUGGAUAUGCUGACCUGGAGAGCAGAACAAGAAGGAGGCAUGCAGUUCUGGGUGUCCUCAGUGUCCGGGCUCUCUGAGUCCUGGCAGCCACGCUCCCUGGAUGUGGAAGUCGCUGCCUACGUGCUGCUUUCGCACUUCCGGCAGCGUCAGGUCUCCGCGGGAGUCCCAGUGAUGAGGUGGCUAAGCAGGCAGAGAAACAGCUUGGGUGGUUUUGCAUCUACCCAGGACACCAUUGUGGCCUUGAAGGCCCUGUCUGAAUUUUCAGCUCUAAUGAACACAGAAAGGACAAAUAUCCAAGUGACCGUGAUGGGGCCCGGUUCACCGAGUCCUGUAAAGUUUCUUGUUGACACACAGAACCGCUUUCUCCUCCAGACGGCAGAGCUUGCUGUGGUACAGCCAACUACAGUUAAUAUUUCUGCAGAUGGUGUUGGAUUUGCUAUUUGUCAGCUUAAUGUUAUUUAUAAUGUGAAAGAUUCAGGGUCUUCUAGAAGCCGAAGAUCUAUCCAAAAUCAAGAAGCCUUUGAUUUAGAUAUUGCUGUAAAAGAUAAUAAAGAUGAUAUCAAUCACUUGAAUUUGAGUGUGUGUACAAGGUUUCUGGGCCCCGCCAGAAGUGGCAUGGCUCUCAUGGAGGUUAACCCACUCAGCGGGUUCUCCGUGCUUUCAGACGCAAUUCCUCUGAGCGAGAUGGUGAAGAAAGUGGAACAUGGUCAUGGAAAACUCCACCUAUAUUUAGAUUCUGUGAAUGAAACCCAGUUUUGUGUUGAUAUUCCUGCUGUGAGAAACUUCAAAGUUUCAAAUACACAAGAUGCUGUAGUGUCCAUAGUGGAUUACUAUGAACCAAGGAGACAAGCAGUGAGAAGCUACAACUCUGCAGUGAAGCUGUCCUCCUGUGACCUCUGUGGAGAUGGCCCCGGCUGCCCUCCUUGUGAGAAGGGGGCUGCAGCCUUCUCUCCUCACUCGUCAGUCAUUCUCGUCUUCUGUUGCACGCUUCUCUUCUCUUUGCAGUGUUGGCUGUGAUUUAUUUUUCAAGGACUCCAUAUAAUACUUACAUUUCCAGAAGUUGCAUGUGAUUGUCUUGUUUCGUAAUCAAAUAUUGCCUCUAUUGUGAAAUACAGUGUUUUUCUUUUUCUGGGCUGGGAUGCUGUACAGCAGUCUGAGAUGUGUGGCUGCACAGGGGUCUUCCCCUCACUGCUGUGUGGAACCAAAGCCAGAAUUAUUGCAGUUGUAUGUCCUGAUUUCCUCCUCUUAAAAUCUUGUGGGAUCUUUUUUGGAGGUGUUAUUUUCUCCAGAAUAAAUGCAUUAUUUUAGA